CCGAGCGCCAAACCCAGUUACCCAGGCCAUAGCUGGAUGAAUACUAAAGAGAUCCGUCUUGCGCCGAGCUCUAUCGAACGAGAAUGCCGCCAUUAGUAUGCUUAGCUUCACCGAUCUCACUUCCUCCGCUUCGCCAGACUCCAUUUCCUCGUCCGCUUUCGACAUCUCGCCAGCCCGUACCCUUCGAAAACCCUAAUCUCUCUUAUCGUCCAUCUCUUCCUGUUCUUUUCUCUUUUCCUGGAGCUCGCCGGGGACCACGAAACUGCCGCCGGACUAUUCCUCGCUGCUCGUCCAUGCCGAACUCUUCGACCGAUCAGCGGGUUCUAUCGCAGGCCUGCUUAUCGAAUGAGAAGGCAUUUUGGGUGCUGAAGUCUCUCAUUGCCUGGAACACUAGCAGCGAUGUUGCCUCCGUAUGCCUUUAUGCCAGUUGGGAGGCCAAAUUGUGCCUGACAGAUCGUGGUCUUGAAGGCGAGGAUUUUAAGAUUCCGCUUGAAUGGGAAAGAUUCGGGCUUCCAAGCAAAGUGCUUGAAAAGUUUCCUCAUAUUAGAGAUUACAAAGCCUAUACUGUUCCUGCCUCUGUGGACUUCAGAAAGAUUUUGAAAUGUCAGCUUGCAAUUGCCUCUUUUGGAGAUGAUGGAAAAUGCAGCGAUGUCACCGGCAUACAACUACCUGGUGUUUUAGAUGACUUGUUUGCUUAUGAUGGCCCUCUUGGGGCUAUUUUUAGCAAAAGAUCUAUCACACUUAAUCUCUGGGCUCCAACAGCGCAAGUUGUUCAUGCUCUGCUUUAUAAGUGCCCAUCAGCCGGGGAUCCAUUCGAGUGUAUUCAUCUUAAAGAUCAAGAUGGUGUAUGGUGUGCUGUUGGACCCAGAAGUUGGGAAGGCUGCUAUUAUUUAUAUCAGAUUUCAGUCUACCAUCAGAGCACCGUAAGAGUUGAGACCUACACUGUUAGUGAUCCGUAUGCUAGAGGAAUUUCAUCGAAUGGGAGUCGUACUUUAUUGGUUGAUCUUAAUUCCGAGGAUCUGAAGCCAUCCGGCUGGGAUGACUUGGCAUAUGAAAAACCAGAUCUUCCUUCAUUCUCUGACAUCAGCAUCUAUGAGUUGCACAUUCGGGAUUUCAGUGAAAACGAUCAAAGUGUUGAUCCUGAUUUUCGUGGUGGUUAUCUUGCUUUUACUUGUCAGGAUUCCUUGGGUAUAAAUCAUCUGAAGAAACUGUCUAAUGCUGGUUUGACCCAUUUACAUUUGCUUCCAUGCUUUCAAUUUGCUGGUGUUGAUGAUGACAAGAGCCAAUGGAAACAUACGGAUGAUGUUAUGAUGUCCAAACUUCCUGCCGAUUCUGAGCAGCAACAAGCUAUUAUCACUUCUAUACAAGAUGAAGAUGGCUAUAACUGGGGGUACAAUCCUGUGCUUUGGGGAGUUCCAAAGGGCAGCUAUGCUAGUAACCCUAACGGGCCUUGUCGUAUUUUGGAAUUUCGAAAGAUGAUUCAGGCUCUUAAUCACAUUGGUCUUCGUGUUGUGUUGGAUGUCGUCUACAAUCACGUUCAUGCUAGUGGUCCCCUAGAUGAGACCUCCAUUCUUGAUAAGGUGGUUCCAGGAUACUAUCUUCGAAGGACUAUUGAAGGGUGCAUUGAGCAUAGCACAUGCAUGAACAAUACAGCUAGUGAGCACUUCAUGGUGGAGCGUUUGAUUAUCGAUGAUCUUUUAUACUGGGCAACUGCUUAUAAGGUUGAUGGGUUUCGUUUUGAUCUGAUGGGGCACCUAAUGAAGGGUACCAUGUUGAGGGCAAAAGCGGCCAUAGAAAACUUAACCAAGGAUGUGGAUGGAGUAGAUGGUUCAAAGAUUUACUUAUAUGGCGAAGGAUGGGACUUUGGAGAAGUUGCUAAAAAUAAACGCGGAAUAAAUGCAUCACAACUUAAUAUCACUGGCAAUGGCAUUGGAAGCUUUAAUGAUCGGUUACGAGAUGCAAUUUUAGGUGGAUCUCCGUUUGGUCAUCCACUUCAGCAAGGCUUUGUUACUGGCCUAUUGUUGCAGCCUAAUGAAUAUGAUCAUGGUGAUAAACACAUUGUAGAUGGCAUGCUUUCAACAUCAGCAGACCAUAUUCAGGUUGGGUUAGCUGCAAAUUUGAGAAACUUCGUCUUAACAAGUCACAAAGGUGAUGUGAUGAAAGGAUGUGAAAUUCUGACCCACGAUGGCAUGCCAGUUGGAUAUGCUCUCAGCCCAACAGAAACGGUUAAUUAUGUCUCUGCACAUGACAAUGAAACAUUGUUUGACAUUAUCUGUUUGAAGGCUCCAGUUGGCAUUUCAGUGGAUGACCGAUGUAGGAUAAAUCAUGUAGCCACUAGUAUUGUCGCUCUUUCACAGGGAAUACCAUUUUUCCAUUGUGGUGAUGACAUGUUGCGGUCAAAAUCACUCGAUCGUGAUUCAUACAACUCUGGUGAUUGGUUCAAUAGGCUUGACUUCAGUUAUCAGUCAAACAAUUGGGGUGUCGGGCUACCUCCCAGAGGAAAGAAUGAAAAUAACUGGCCCCUGAUUAGACCUCGCUUGGCAGAUUCAUCAUUCAAGCCUCAAAAGCAUCAUAUCCUUGCUGCAGUGGAAAAUUUUAUAGAAUUAUUGCAAAUUAGAUAUUCAUCGCAACUUUUCCGUUUACAAACAGCUAAUGAUAUUCAGGAAAGAGUACGUUUUCUUAAUACGGGGACCUCAUGGGUUCAAGGAUUAAUUGUUAUGAGCAUUGAAGAUUGCAAUGAAGGAAAACCUGGCAUUGUUCAACUUGAUCAUAACUACUCAUAUAUUGUCAUCAUAUUCAAUGCCUGCCCUACUGAAGUCUCAAUGCCGAUUCCUGCACUGAAGAGAAGAGCACUGCAGUUGCAUCCUGUGCUGCUUGAUUCUGCUGAUAGCUUGGUCAAGAGAUCCUCUUAUGAAAGCUCUUCUGGCUGCUUCAAAAUUCCUCAGAGAACCACAGCAGUGUUCGUUGAGGUACGUGGAAAUUGAUGUAAUUUGAGCUUAUUUUACUGAGUUUUGUCCUUUCAACCUUUGAGUUGCUUAAUUUUAAGAAAGCUUGAGGAAUGUCAUGUAUAAAUAUAGAUGAUAAUGUAUGCAUAAACUGCCCAGAUAAUCAAACUUGGAUGCACUUUAAAAAUGUUUGAGUUGAAUUUGUAGUAAUAAUUGCUUCAGCAAAUGUUAAAAUUACAUAAAACUGAUGAGA